UCGGCACUAUUGGGUUAAACUUUGAGUAAUGGGUCAUUCAUCACAAGUCAGGUGUUGCAGUAGUACGGUACUGUGCAUUAAGCCAUAGGCAGGACUGGCCGCUAUAGGGCCACAGUCACAUGCUUUCUAUCUUUCUUCACUUUUUACUGAAUGGGACAACGUCAGCGCGUCGGAGCGCGCGAUCUCCGGGAUUUGGCUGCAGAUGCGCACCGAGGCUGCAUAAGGACGCAGGGAACGAAGUGGUGAUGGUUGAGUGACAUUUGAGGGACUGUUGGUGUGUUGUCUGAUCGGGAACAAACAGUCAGCCUUAAAGGAACCUGUAGAUGAUUUGAUCAGACUGGUGUCUGGCGUGUUUUUGUCGGGACAUGGAGACCGGAUGCCCUUUGGAUGGACUUUACGCGGGGAAGUUCUUAUGCAAGCGAUGGGAUAUUUAUAUGGAAUCAAGAAACAGCGUCUGUAUGGCUGCGAGGGAGAGGGCUUCUGAUGCUUUUAGCACGCAGGGAAAGGAUUCCUAUAUUACAGCAGUUUGAGAUCUUCAUCAAGUCCUCCUCAUUACACCAGAAAAUUAAGUCAUUACUAUGACUACACGAGUGCAGCUCAAAUGAUGUCAAAUCCCAGGUACAGAGUCAGGAGGCAUGUGUCAGGCCACGAGGGGGCUCACCUUGAAGACCCCAUCCAUGAUCAUUCAAUAGAAGAUACAAUGAUGGCCAAUUUAUUUGCGAGGCUUGAGAGCAGGAGCCUCCUCGUUUCUAACCGUGUGGAUGUAAUGUAGCACGACUCUUCAGCAUGACUUAAACAAACAUUACCCCGACAUCACAUGUUCAGGGAUGGAUGGCAUGAACUUCACAACUGUCAUCGAUUCUGGCUUCCUGAAGGAGGCUCCGACCAGCCGCGUCCUAACAGGCUGCUUCCUCUCACUGCUCAUCCUCACAACUCUGCUGGGAAACACUCUCGUUUGCGCCGCCGUCACCAAGUUCCGACACCUCCGCUCCAAGGUGACCAACUUCUUUGUGAUCUCGCUGGCCGUGUCGGACCUCCUGGUCGCCAUCUUGGUGAUGCCGUGGAAGGCCGUGACGGAGAUCGUCGGGUUCUGGCCGUUCGGCUCCUUCUGUGACACCUGGGUGGCUUUCGACAUCAUGUGCUCCACGGCGUCCAUUUUGAACCUCUGCGUGAUCAGCUUGGACCGCUACUGGGCCAUCUCCAGCCCGUUUGGCUACGAACGCAAAAUGACGCCCAAAGUGGCCUACGUGAUGAUCGGCGUGACCUGGACGCUGUCUGUGCUCAUUUCCUUCAUUCCGGUGCAGCUCAACUGGCACAAGGCCCAAACUAAACCAUACACCCCUUUUACCGGGUCAUCAGGCUCCCCGGGUUCAAACGGUACAUCUUACAGCGGCGCGGAAAACUGCGACUCGAGCCUGAACAGGACCUACGCCAUCUCCACCUCGCUCAUAAGCUUCUACAUCCCCGUGGUCAUCAUGGUGGCCACCUACACUCAGAUCUACCGCAUCGCCCACCGACAAAUACGGAGGAUCUCGGCGCUGGAGCGAGCGGCCGAAAGCGCCAAGAACCGACACGACAGCAUGGGCGGAGCCUCCAGCAUCGCCGAGUCCGAGAGCUCUUUCAAGAUGACGUUCAAGAGGGAGACCAAGGUGCUGAAGACACUCUCGGUGAUCAUGGGCGUGUUCGUGUGCUGCUGGCUCCCGUUCUUCAUCCUGAACUGCAUGGUGCCGUUCUGCGAGCAGUCGAGCGGCGGCGGCGCUUUCCCCUGCGUCAGCCCCACCACGUUCGACGUGUUCGUGUGGUUUGGCUGGGCUAAUUCCUCCCUCAACCCCAUCAUCUAUGCCUUCAAUGCAGAUUUCCGCAAGGCCUUCUCCGUCCUGCUGGGCUGCCACAGACUAUAUCCAGGAGGCCACAACAUAGAGACAGUCAGUCUAAACAAGAAAUGACUCAUGACUCUCUCUCGCAGCACUGACUCAUCCUUAACGCUCCUGUGUGGGCCGCUUUCAUCCACUUCAAAUGAGGACGCCGCGUUUUUGUGUUGACUCUAAGUGGGACUGAAGGAUGUGGUGACCCUACAUGUACCUGUGUUUGCAUUAGGGGAGUGGCCUGUCCCUGUACAUGCAAUCAGAGCGAGUUGCCACACUGUCUUUGUAACGGAAGUGUCUUCAAAGAGGAGAGGGGAUUUUUUGGGGAUUGAGAUUAAGACUCAUGUGUUGUUGUGCCAGGGUGCAGGGAGCACAGCGGUGAUGACACGCCCCCUGGGAUAGAUAAUCCCAUGACUGGGCAGCAGCACGACCCUAAUGCUGUCAGACACUGCUCUCUUCAAUACCAUCACACACAAACGCAAAACACAAACACUGUCAAAGCAGGCUCAUCCAAAUGCUGCACCCGGCGUGCACACUCAGAGAGAUAGCAUGACAGCACGCAGACAUGCUGUUACUCAUUAGGUGAACGUUGUGCGGCUCUGCAAGGAUCCCGGGAGAAAAGCAUCAAACCAAAUCAGGUUACCUCAAAAAUAAACAUGUAGGUAAAGUACAUCCACGUUAUUUCAUAUUCAAUCAACAAUGAAAACAGUUUUUUAUUUAAUAUCAAGAGUAAUACUUCAUAUUGUUUUAAAAUGUACAAGGAAGUGGAUGAAAAAUGUGAUCUUAACUUAUUUUGGAAAUAAGGUUGAUGAAUGAAUUAAACACAGGCUGUAUCUCAAUGCUGAGACCUGUUCAAGAUUGUUGUUUAUAUCUCAUCUUAAUGUCAAUUCAUUAUAACUUUUAACCACAUUUAUUUAACAGACAUCUCAUAAAUUAUUUGAACUCUUGUGUUGAAAGACAAGACUUUAACAGAAGUCUUGUUUGGCUUGUGGUGUCUUUGACUGUUGUGGUUAUUUAGAAGCUGACACAGAAUUGCAAAUGUCUGAAUCGUGUUAACGUUGGCUCUUUAAGUAAAUGGUGAGUUGACUUGAGCUUUUCUAGUCUUCUGACUACUCAAAGCGCUUUUACACUGCCGAAGCAGCGGGAGCAUUCGGGGUUAAGUAUCUUGCCCAAGGACACAUCGACCUUCUGAUUGAUAGACGACGACUCUACAAACUGAGCCACAGCUGCCCCUUAAGAUUAUCAUUAAAAAAUAAUCGAGACUCAACUUGCCUUCCUGUUUGUUUUGUAUGCACUUUAAGUAAUUACUGAAAUCUGGGAACACCGUCUGGUCAGAUUUCUGUCCCUGUCGAGUUUCACCGUGUUAGACGAUCACACCAGUUGAAAACGAAACCUUCAGUUAGCCACAUUAUUUAGGCCAGUAGAUAGCAAUAGCAAUCCUUCCUUUAUCAAGACUAGUGUGUGUAGCUCUCAAGGUCUAUCACUAUUGCAAAAUAAUAAUAAAAAAGAAAUAAGGAUGAGCAGGAUAUUUAACGUUAUGUCCUAUUAAUUUGUUGCCUCUGCUCUCUAAUGACCUCAUCUAAUGACCUCAUCUAAUGACGCUGUGAUGCAGCUGCUUUUUAAGAAACAGCCUUUACCCUUAUCUAAGACUUUGUUAUAGUUGUCUAAAACAUUAUGUGACAGGAGAAAGACAAGAGCCGUGUUUAAUGAUGGAUUAGACUGAGGGUUCGUUUAAAAGAAGCAGACUGCCUGUUGUGGUUACACUUUGAAUUUAUUUUUAAAUGUCUCAUGGAUUAUAACAGCUUGAUUACUUUGUUUUUGUUUUCCAGUCUGAUGAACAGUAACCUUAAAAGUAAUGUAAGAACUGCAGGCUAAAGUUGAACAAGGAAGUCAGUAAACUGUGAUGUGUUUACCAUGGACAGUUUCUGCAAUCAUUCAUUCAUCAGUUUGUUCUGUAUCUUCUAAUUAGACCUUUUCAAAGUGACAUCCACAUGUCAGCACAUUUUUAAGAAGUUGUGAGACAAAAUGGGAAAUACAGCUCAGCCUUUUUGUCUGAAUUCCUUGAGUGCCUGUUGACCUCAGUGAUGACAAAACUAGUCACUGCGUCCAGUCUAAAAAUAGACACAUAACCCUGGGAAAGCCACAAACCUUUUUUUACUUUGGAUUAAUCAAAUUAUUAUAAUGAAUUAUGAUGCAAUAUCUAAAUUUAAGAUUUAGAGAUGCUGAUGCCCUUUUAUUUUUUCCUCAUUUGGACAGAGCCAGACUGUUCCCCCCCUGCUUCCUGUUUCUAUGCUAAGCUAGGGGUCUCAGCUUCAUACUAAAUGGACAGAUAUGAGUUUGGCAAUACAUCAGUCAGUUUACUUGUGGAGGGAAACUAAAUAACAGUUUUUCCAUUUAAUUCAACAAAAUAAUUUAAAUCUGUGUAUACAAUAUAGAAAUGAUAUCAAAACUACCAUCUUAAAUCCAAAGACGUAUCCAACAAGCAUGGAAUAUGAACUGUUACCUCUUAUGUGUUGAACCUGUUUUUUUUGUUGUGCUUACUUGUUUUAUUGGCUCGCUUCAGUUAGAAUUCAUAACACAAAGAAGAGCGGGGCGUGUCUUUAAGCUGCUAAAUAGAUCUCAACAGGUUGUGUGUCAUUUUUAAAAGUUGAAGACAACAGAAGAAAUAGUUGCCAUGUCUUAAUGCCCAGCAUAAUUAAAGUGUGUGUCCAUUUUGCAAAAAUCCAGUGUGUGUCAUGUGUAUCUUUGAAUUAGACGUCCACAGAUCUAACUUCCUUAAGUGCAUUUCACACCAGUCUAAAGGAUCAAAAUGAACUGCACCAGCUGUGUCGCACAUCCUGAAAUUCCACUCUUGCAUAAUGAGUCUGUAGUUCAUGUGUCUGUUCACUCUGGUGAUGUAGUGACAUCAUUAGCUAAAUGAAA